GCAUUCCAAAUUAUCACAACAAAAAAUGUGUCAUAUCUACAUUACAAUAGAUGGGGAUGGUAUUAUAUGUACUGCUCUUUGACAUGCGGAUAAAUCAACUGGAAAUCGGGAUGACGAAUUGUAAUUUGAUGAAAUACAGAAUAACAAUCUUUGUGUUAAGUAUUAAACCAGCCGUAUCUAAGAUAUUAAUAAAUAUUAACUUUAAAUUUAUUCACAUUGUGUUUGCCAAAGUGAAUAUUUUUCUCAUCGAUAUUUUGAAGAACAUAUUAGGGUGUUCCAAUGUGAUCAAAUAUUAUUUAGGACUUACUAUAUCCAUAAAGUAAAAACGUCGUGGUUUACGAGACUUUGUGAACUUUCAUGGUGAUUUCAGUUCGUUUUGGGAGAAUAUAUAAUACAAUGAGAGAGAAAAUUCCACUACUUUUAUUCUUUAUAUAUGGAAUAAAAGUGUUCACUGUUACAUCAGCGCCUGUAUUAAUUGGAACAUGUGAAGAUAGCGGUGUUAUGAUUGCAGGUGGCGAAAUCGAUUGUAAAUAUUUAGAAACCCCUUCUGCCUAUAAUAUCCAUAAAAACCCAGAACCCUUUUGUAUGAAGUAUCAAAAAGAAUGCUGUGUAACUUGUACCAGACUAAGACAGAAUGGUUUCUUAACAACAAAGAGUACCGCUGUCACUCAUACUACGACAAAUGCAUUAAGUCCACUUUCAGUUACACCGGUGUCUGUAUUAGUGGGAACAUGUGAGGAUAGCGGUGUUAUGAUUUUCAGGUGGCGAAAUCGAUUGUAAAUAUAUAGAAAAUCCUUCUGCCUAUAAUAUCCAUAAAAACCCAGAACCCUUUUGUAUGAAGUACCAAAAAGAAUGCUGUGUAACGUGUACCAGACUAAAACAGAAUGGUUACUAUACAACGAAAAGUACAGCUGUCUCUCACACUUCGACAAAAGCAUCAAAUCAAAUAUCAGUACAACCGACAGAGAUUUGCAAAGAUACCGGAGUAUGGAUAGGAGACGGCUUAGUUGAAUGCAGAUAUCUAGAACGACCAUCUGCCUAUAAUAUCCACAAAAAUCCUGCUGGAUACUGUCAGAAAUAUUUCAACAAAUGUUGUGCUACAUGUACAAGAUUAAAGCAGAAUGGCUACUCUACAAUUGGAACUGUUUCGAUAGUACCAACAGUUGUAUCGCAUACUUUAUCGAAGGCAUCAAUUCCACUUCCAGUACGACCAACAGAGGCAUGCAAAGACACAGGAGCCUGGGUAGGAGACGGCUUAGUUGAAUGUAGAUAUCUCGAACAACCAUCUAGCUAUAAUAUCCACAAAAAUUCUGAUGGAUUCUGUCAAAAGAAUUUCAACGAAUGUUGUGUAACAUGCUCACGAUUAAAACAGAAUGGAUUGAUAACACUUAAUUACGUUACAGAAAAAACAAUGAAGAGUACAUCGAAACCAAAGUCAUUAAAAACGACAGCUUAUGAACACUUGAAACUACCAAACUUUGUUUUAACGACCAUAAACUUUGCAUACAAGGUUGUCUCAGGUUAAAAUACAAAUUAAGUAAAUAUUCAUGAUAUGAUUUAAAAUAGAAAAUGUAACGUAGAUGCAUUCAAUAGCAAACUGUAUGGUACUGGUUUUGCUCAUUGUUGAAAGUCUUUCACAUUCGUGUCAUUUGAUCUCUGAUGAAAAGUUGUGUCAUUAUAUUAUUUUUAAAUAAAACGGGAAAGUACAUUGACAACUCAG